AUGCACGGCCCUUUCAAAGAGGAGAUCUCCAGGAGGUUUAAGGCUCAGCAGGAUCAGCUGGUCCUGAUCUUCGCAGGCAAGAUCCUCAAGGAUGGGGACACCCUGAACCAGCAUGGGAUCAAGGAUGGGCUCACUGUCCAUCUGGUCAUCAAGACCCCUCAGAAGGCUCUAGAUCCAGCUGCCACCACUGCUUCUUCCCCCUCCACUCCAGACCCUGCCUCGGCACCCUCCACCACGCCCGCUUCACCCGCCGCCCCGGCCCAGCCCUCCACCUCUGGCAGCGCCACUUCGGAUGCCGGCAGCGGAAGCCGGAGGAGCAGUGGGGGGGGGCCCUCCCCAGGGGCUGGGGAGGGACCCCCCAGCGCUACUGCAUCCAUACUCUCUGGCUUUGGGGGCCUCCUGGGCCUGGGCAGCCUGGGCCUGGGCUCCGCCAACUUCAUGGAGCUGCAGCAGCAAAUGCAGAGACAGCUGAUGUCCAACCCCGAGAUGCUGUCGCAGAUCAUGGAGAACCCCCUGGUCCAGGACAUGAUGUCUAACCCCGACCUGAUGCGCCACAUGAUCAUGGCCAACCCCCAGAUGCAGCAGUUGAUGGAGCGGAACCCUGAGAUCAGCCACAUGCUCAACAACCCGGAGCUCAUGAGGCAGACCAUGGAGCUUGCUCGAAAUCCAGCCAUGAUGCAAGAAAUGAUGCGGAACCAGGACCGGGCCCUGAGCAACCUGGAGAGCAUCCCUGGAGGGUAUAACGCCCUCCGCCGCAUGUACACAGACAUCCAAGAGCCGAUGUUCAGUGCUGCCCGGGAACAGUUUGGCAACAACCCCUUCUCUUCCCUGGCCGGGAACUCCGACAGCUCGUCCUCCCAGCCUCUGCGGACUGAGAACCGAGAGCCCCUCCCUAACCCCUGGAGCCCCUCGCCCCCCACCUCCCAGGCCCCCGGGUCCGGGGGGGAGGGCACCGGAGGAUCGGGGACCAGCCAGGUGCACCCGACAGUCUCCAACCCCUUUGGGAUCAAUGCGGCUAGCCUGGGGUCAGGAGUGUUCAACAGCCCCGAGAUGCAGGCUCUCCUCCAGCAGAUCUCUGAAAACCCGCAGCUGAUGCAGAACGUUAUCUCUGCCCCCUACAUGCGCAGCAUGAUGCAGACGCUGGCCCAGAACCCCGACUUUGCUGCUCAGAUGAUGGUGAACGUGCCGCUCUUUGCGGGGAACCCCCAGCUGCAGGAGCAGCUCCGCCUCCAGCUCCCCGUCUUCCUGCAGCAGAUGCAGAACCCGGAGUCCCUGUCCGUGCUCACCAACCCCCGCGCCAUGCAGGCCCUGCUGCAGAUCCAGCAGGGCCUGCAGACCCUGCAGACCGAGGCCCCUGGGCUGGUUCCCAGCCUUGGCUCCUUCGGGAUGUCCCGGACCCCGGCGGCCCCGGCAGGCAGCGACACUGGGUCUGCGCCCGAGGCCCCCACCUCCUCGCCAGCGCCCCCCGCCACGCCUUCUCCAGCGGGGGCUCCCAAUGCUCCCCAGCACCUCAUGCAGCAGAUGGUCCAGCUGUUGGCAGGGGGCGGGAACUCCCAGGUGCAGACGACGCCGGAAGUACGGUUCCAGCAGCAGCUGGAGCAGCUCAACUCCAUGGGCUUCAUCAACCGUGAAGCUAACCUGCAGGCCCUGAUCGCCACAGGAGGGGACGUCAACGCAGCCAUCGAGAGACUCCUGGGCUCGCAACUCUCCUAACCCCCCGGCCGCGCCUCCUGCCUCUCCCUUCCCUGGGCGCCAGCGCCUGGCUCCUCUGUCGGCCCCUGCCCUUUGCCUGCCGCCCCAUCUCCCCGCCCCGUCCUCUCCAGACAGCAGGGUGACUUUAGGGGCACGGGCCUCGCCCCAGUGCCCUGCGCAUUUUGGGUUUACUUGUACAUCUCUUAUGGAGUCUUUGCUCUGGGCCCUGCUCCAGCAGGGCCGUUCAAGUGGUUUUCACAGUGUCGCCGGUCGGCCCCAGCUCCUGGCCCCACCGCCUCCUGGCACAGCCUGUAGACCUCUGGUGGCGGUGGCCUGGCCAUGCUGGGUGGGAGGAGGGACUGGGGCGGGGUCUUCGUGUGUGCCUCUAGGGCUCUGCUUGUUGUCUGGUUACUUGUGGCGACUCCUCUGUCUCUCUCUCCACCUGCAGCCUCACCCCUGCUGGGACCACACACUGAAGCAGGGCUGGCGGUUGGGGGGGGUGGGGACAGGCUCUCUUUUCCACCCCCCCGCCCCCCCCCCCCCCCCCCGUCCUGGUCCCUUCAUCCAGGCUUUGUUGGGAUGUCCCGUCCGAAGGGGGAGACCAGACAUCACCCUCUGUGUGAGGAACCGAGCCCUGGACCGGCCCGAUGGAGUUGGGUGCAAAGGAGGGAGGAGAUUUUCUGGAGGAGGGGGACGGGAAAACGAACUGAGUCACAGGCUCAGCGGCUGGAACCCGGAAUGGACACUUUGGGAGUGGAGGCCCCACGGAGCUCCCUUAGGCGGGGUCCAGGCUCAGGCCUGGCAGAGGGCCCUGGAGAUGCUAACGGGGUCUGAGCCGCAGGAAGGGCUCAGGGAAGCCAAGCGACACGGUUCACGGGGGCUCCUGCCGGCUCCGUUUCCAGGACUCGCCUGCAUCCCCAGGUACCGGGGUCUCAGUCCCCCUCACGAGACACGAAGGGAUUGGGGUCUGUCUCAGCAGCGGGUGUGUAUGCGGUGGGUACUCACUCACACACACACACACACACACACACACACACACACACACUCGAGUGGCACAGGACGGCGGAUUCCUGGUUGGUUUCUGGUUCCGAGCUGUCUCCCACCAGAGAGAGGUAGGCAGGAGGGCUGGUCCAGGGCAGGAGUGCACACAGUCCAGGGAGCUAGGUCCUGGGCCUCUGGGCACCGGGCACCCCAAGGGCAGUGUGGUCCUGAAGCUGUCGGGGAACAGUAGAGGGGUCCCUACCCCUGCAGCCCCGGCCUUUGGAUCCUUCACCGUUUCCUUCCAGGCCAGAGAGUUCUAUCUGAGGAAGGGAAGGAGAGGGCAGCGGCGACGCCUUUGGUGUGGAAUUGGACGUUGCUAUAUCGAGCGCAGGGGAGGCUCCUGUUGCCUCUUCUCUCUGCGGCUUCACGCAGCUGCUCGGAGGACCCGUGGCCGAGAAUAUGGAGGCGCGAGGGGCACAAUUGUCUCCCGAGUGGGAAAGUGUCCUGAGCAAUCCGGAGAGGGUGUGUGUGGCUCUCCCUCCUGACCUCCCCAACCUCCACACUGGCCUUUGUAAAUAAACGACGUGGUCUUUGUUGUC